UCCAGUCUAGAUCUCUUGGUUGUAAUCAAAGAUCCAGGGAGGCGUGAGUAAUGUUUCCUAUGCUGGAACAUAUACCGAGGAAUAUUUUCCAGUGUAGCAAAUACAGUUUCGGUGAAAAUGGAAAAAAAAUAUCGAAAUAGACUUUUUGAGAGACAUCUCUUCAUGAUAUAACUCAAAAGUUCGAGCCUCGUUCUGUCCCGAGAUGUUUCCUUGAGUAGAUGAAGAAUGAAAGCAUUUCUGUUGUUGUUUGGGGAAUUCGGUUGGUUUAUGAUCAGCUUCUACGCGCAUCUUCCCAUAUUCUUGCGUCAGGGAAGUGGGAUUUCCUACUCUAAACUGUCAGGAACAUAAAUCUCUCAACUUUUGAGGUAUUCAGUCUCUUUUUGACAACCAUUUUUAUGAUUUCACGUCGACGGAUGGGUGAAAUAGAAAGUGCUCGGUUCAGAACUGGAAAAAGGAAUAGAUAUUUGCUUAAUCUUUUGGUUUGAUCAUUCUUUUAUGGAUGUUUACAGGAUUGCCAACAGCAGCAAACUGCAUGAUCUUGAUAUGCUGGACGAAGUGCUGAAGCAUUACGAUAGAAGGGCUUUACCAACCGGAUCUGAAGGUGUACCAACUGUUGUGUCUUGCGGGAUAUUCAUUCGCAGUUUUGGAUCAAUAAAUCCUUCAACCAUGGAUUAUGAAGUGGAUUUAUAUCUUCGUCAAACUUGGUACGAUCAUCGUUUGAGGCAGCCAAAUUUAGUCAAGCCUCUUGAUUUGAAUGAUCCAAAACUUGUGCAGAAAAUAUGGAAACCUGAAGUAUUUUUUGCGAAUGCCAAACACGCAGAAUUUCAAUACGUCACUGUACCUAAUGUCUUAGUUAGAAUCGAUCCAUCUGGAAAGAUUCUCUACAUGUUAAGGUUAAAGCUGAGAUUUUCCUGUAUGAUGGAUUUAUACCGUUAUCCAAUGGAUUCUCAAGUGUGCACAAUAGAAUUAGAAUCAUUCUCGAAAACAACUGACGAGUUACAUUUAAAAUGGACCGAGAAUCAACCUGUUAUGCUUUACGACAACUUAAAGCUACCACAGUUUGAGAUCGAAAGAGUGAAUACGUCAUUAUGCAGGGAGAAGUUUCAUAUUGUUAAUGUUUUCUUCGCAGGUGAAUACAGCUGCCUCAGAGCAGAAUUCUAUCUGCGUCGUUCCGUUGGAUAUCAUUUGGUUCAAUCGUAUCUUCCAACGAUACUGAUUGUGGUCAUUUCGUGGGUGUCAUUCUGGCUGGAUGUCAAUGCCAUUCCAGCUCGUAUCACCCUGGGGGUGACUACACUGUUGACCAUUUCAUCCAAAGGAGCUGGCAUCCAAAGCAACUUGCCCCCUGUAUCUUACGUGAAAGCAAUGGACGUGUGGAUGGGUGCUUGCACCACUUUCGUUUUUGCAGCCCUUCUUGAGUUCACUUUGGUCAAUUACAUGUGGAGAAAACGACCUGAGACUCUCCCUGGGAGAUCAAUGCCCAUCAUUACCGUGAAGUCAUCAAAGGCUGUUAUGGAUUCUGAGAAGGGUGAUGGCUCCGCUGUAUCAUCUCCUGUGCAAACUACAGCUCGCUUUGACACUAAACUUCACGCCAAGAGAAUUGACAAGAUGAGCCGUGUCGUAUUCCCAGCUUUGUUUCUUGGAUUUAACAUUGCAUAUUGGCUGUAUUUUAUGUACUAGUUGUGACAUAAAUGUGCAGAUUUUUUUCA